CGCGCCUCCCCCGCCCGCCGCCCGGGCGCCGCAGCCGCCGCCACCGCCACUCCCGCUCUCUCUGCGCCGCCACCACCACCACUGCCAGCGCCACCGACAGCGCCACCGCCACAGGCUGGGUCUGCAGCCCCGAGGAGAUCCCAGCCAUCAUGUCCAUUGAGAAGAUCUGGGCCCGGGAGAUCCUGGACUCCCGUGGGAAUCCCACGGUGGAGGUGGAUCUCUACACUGCCAAAGGGCUUUUCCGGGCUGCCGUGCCCAGUGGAGCCUCCACUGGUAUCUAUGAGGCCCUGGAGCUAAGGGAUGGGGACAAACAACGUUACUUAGGCAAAGGUGUCUUGAAGGCAGUGGACCACAUCAACACCGCCAUCGCCCCGGCCCUCAUCAGCUCAGGUCUCUCUGUGGUGGAACAAGAGAAGCUGGACAACCUCAUGUUGGACUUGGAUGGGACUGAGAACAAGUCCAAGUUUGGGGCCAAUGCCAUCCUGGGUGUGUCCCUGGCCGUGUGUAAGGCAGGGGCGGCCGAGCAGGAAUUGCCCCUCUACCGCCACAUUGCUCAGCUGGCCGGGAACUCAGACCUCAUCCUGCCUGUGCCGGCCUUCAAUGUGAUCAAUGGGGGCUCCCAUGCUGGGAACAAGCUGGCCAUGCAGGAGUUUAUGAUCCUCCCAGUGGGCGCUGAGAGCUUUCGGGAUGCCAUGCGACUCGGGGCGGAGGUCUAUCACACACUCAAGGGCGUCAUCAAGGACAAGUAUGGCAAGGAUGCCACCAACGUGGGAGAUGAAGGUGGCUUUGCCCCCAAUAUCCUGGAGAACAGUGAAGCCUUGGAGCUGGUGAAGGAAGCCAUUGACAAGGCUGGCUACACAGAAAAGAUCGUCAUCGGCAUGGAUGUCGCCGCCUCGGAGUUUCAUCGUGAUGGCAAAUACGACUUGGACUUCAAGUCUCCCGCUAAUCCUUCCCGAUACAUCACUGGGGACCAGCUGGGGGCCCUCUACCAGGACUUUGUCAGGAACUAUCCUGUGGUCUCUAUUGAGGACCCCUUUGACCAGGACGACUGGGCUGCCUGGUCCAAGUUCACAGCCAACGUGGGGAUCCAGAUUGUGGGUGACGACCUGACAGUGACCAACCCAAAGCGAAUCGAGCGGGCCGUGGAGGAGAAGGCCUGCAACUGUCUGCUGCUGAAGGUCAACCAGAUCGGUUCGGUCACCGAAGCCAUCCAAGCGUGCAAGCUGGCCCAGGAGAAUGGCUGGGGGGUCAUGGUGAGUCACCGCUCGGGAGAGACUGAGGACACGUUCAUUGCGGACCUGGUGGUAGGGCUGUGCACAGGCCAGAUCAAGACUGGUGCCCCAUGCCGUUCCGAGCGUCUGGCUAAGUACAACCAGCUCAUGAGAUGGCCUGAUUGACAGCCCACGGAAAGCCAGGGAAUGCCCUCGCUCAGGCCAGGACCCGGGAGCAGGUGGUGCGAGGGGCUUGGAGGAUGGUGGCCCCAUGGGAAGCGGGGGUGGUCCUCCUGCUUCCCUGACUCUUUCCUUUCUGACUCACCUCUCUCAGAAUCGAAGAAGAGCUGGGGGACGAAGCUCGCUUCGCCGGACAUAAUUUCCGCAAUCCCAGCGUGCUGUGAUCCCUCUACCUGCCUGGAGACUUGGAACCCCUCGCCUGUCCUCCUGGAACCUCUUCUUUCCAGUCCUGCUCGAAAUUUCACCCCAGACAACACCCCGGCUGACCUGCUGCGCUGCUCCUUGACUGGUCCAGCCCCUGCUGUCUCCGCUCUCGCCCACUCUGGGUUCCACACUCUCCACUCCUUCCUUUCUCUUCUCCCUCCUCAAAAACUGGCCAUGGACUGAGGCUGUAAGGGCAUCCAUGGAAGACCGAUCAGGGUCCGUGCCGGAGCGUCAGGGCUGGUUGUUGCGGUGUGUAGAGGGGCCGUGUGUCAUGUGUGCUUUGCGCUGGGUCUGUUCGUUUCCAGGUUGCAUAUGAGACAGGAACUGCACAGUGCUGAGUGGAGGGGAGUGCUGGCUGCGUGCUCAGGCCUGGCCUAAGGCACUGAUGUAUUAUUUAUUCAUUUAUUUAUUUUUCAUUCAUCCUGUUAAUGAUUCACUUCCUCAUAACUCCAGGGCCAGAAACUGGCCUGACUGGACGGGACCAUGUGUCUGUAUUUCAUGUGACUGUAGAUUCUGAGAUGACCUGGGGUGGGGGUCUUGCUGGAACGGGAAGGGUCACAGAAAGGGGCCUCGAUGAGGGUUCCUGUGUGCGUGCCAAGCCUUAACCUCAGCCUGGCUCGGUCCAGAGGUGGGGCUGUGUGCCCGGGGCUCCUCCCCUGUCCCUCUCUCCCCAGCCCGUCUCCCCCUCGUUCGUUCUUCCUGCAGCUGCACCUGAGCACCGUCUCACUCCCCCGUGCCGUGUUCCACAGCUGCCAGCACCUCUGUGGCGUUGAAAUGAGCACCACCAUUAAAGUGUGAGUCACCGUG